AUGGAACGCCUUCCUCGCUCUGGGGGAAGAGGAAGGCUCCUGAACAAUGACCAAGAGCUGGCCAUUGUGGCAAUGGUUGUUGCAAACAACGAAAUCAGACUGCGCGAAAUUCAGGCCAGAAUUGUUGACGAAAAUGAAGUGUUUGAGAACAUCAACAGCAUCAGUCUCACUACCAUUGCACGCACACUAUCAAAACACAGAGUGCGAAUGAAGCAGCUCUACACUGUACCGUUCAAUCGGAACAGUGAUCGAGUGAAGGAUCUACGAAGGCUGUAUGUGCAGAGAGUCAUGGAAUUGGAGGCCAACCAGGUCCCUCACGAAUUUAUCUUCAUCGACGAGGCUGGCUUCAAUGUGUCAAAAAGGCGUCGUCGCGGAAGAAAUGUAAUAGGAAAAAGGGCUACAGUUGAUGUACCAGGGCAGAGGGGUGCCAACAUCACUAUGUGCGCAGCAAUAGCACAUACAGGCUUACUUCUGCACAGGUCUCAGGUCGGGCCUUACAACACAGAGCGCCUCAUUGCAUUCAUGAAUGACCUUCACCAGCAACUGGUUCCAAAACAAUAUGAUGAGGGUGACAACAUCAGCACCUUCGUGAUCACGUGGGAUAACGUUGCUUUCCACCACUCACAGGCAGUGACGGCAUGGUUCAGGGACCACCAAAGAUUUGUACGCCUCUUCCUUCCACCAUAUUCACCAUUCCUAAAUCCGAUAGAGGAAUUCUUCUCGGCAUGGAGGUGGAAUGUGUAUGACCAUCGGCCACAUGAUCAAAUGACCCUCCUGGAUGCCAUGGAUGCUGGCUGUAGGGACAUAACAGCGGAAGACUGCCAAGGCUGGAUCCGGCACUCAAAGCGUUUUUACCCUAGUAUUUCAAAUGUACCUACUGAAGCAGCAGAAGCUGCUGAGAACAGCAUUAAACCAGAACAAACCACUAUAUCUGGAACUGAAGGCAGCAACAUCACACUGUCCUGCACAUAUACUGGCUCAGCUUACAGUCUUCACUGGUACCAACAAAAACCUGGAUCAAGACCAGAGUUUCUGCUGCUGAUUGAUGAAAGAAGUGAUCAUGUCACAAAGUCUCAACCAGCUCAUCCACGAGCUUCCAUCAAACUUGAUAAAAUGAGUAUGAAAGUGGAUCUGUUCACCUCCUCUGCUGCAGUGACAGACUCUACACUGUACUACUGUGCUCUGGGGCCCACAGUGACAGGAAACCCAGCUACACUGUAA